AUGGCACGACGUCAGCAGUCUCUCGUUGAUGUGGACAUGUCUGAGGAUAUUGACAAAGUUUUCGAGUCGGAUGAGCCUAGAGGCGACUCAGACACCGACGUCUCCAGCGUUGAGGAUGUUGAGACCUUGACUGUGACCUCGGCGGCGACCUUGGCACCGAUAUUGACGUCGAGGACCAGAUCCAGCUCCUCGGUGGGACUGUCCAUCCCCCAGAAUAUUACCAACGCGGGUUGGAGGAGUUCAUCGAAGGCAAGUUUGACUCUGAAGAUUACAAAGAGGGGACAGAAGUGCUCCUCAACGCCCUAG